AUCUGCGGAGUAAAAAACAUCAGGGUUAAGUACACAGCAAGCAUGAUUAAAUAUUUACAAUCUGUUCUCAGAGGGGUUUGAUUUGGGAAGUAUGCUCCAGUUGGACUAGAUUACCGUUUGUGAACAGCUUGAAAAGCUAUUUCCACCACUUCCACAUCAGCUUGUGUGCAGCCUUCAUCAUGGAGUGGACGAGGUUCCUCUUCUGCCUCGCUCUGUUCUUUGUCAGCACAACUGCGUCCACGAUCGAGACCUUACACAAAAUCGAGGACCUAAAAAACAAAACGUUUGGCCAUGAAUACCCACGCCAUGGUCUUCUCCUGCUUUACUGGCUGGCUAACCACAUCUCCAUCGGCCAAUCAGAAGAUAUCCUGCUUCAUUUUGAUCCCGCACGGCAAGACUACGGCUUCCGCUACUAUGAAAGCAGCAGCGAAACCGGCACUCCACUUCCGUACUUGGAUGACUCGAGCGACAGAGCGUACUACUCUUUGGGCAGUCUCAGUUCGGAAACUGUCCGAACCAAGCUGCCGCCGUAUGUCACCCAAGACUACUAUAAUGCCUUUGAGGACCCCAAAAGAGACCUGGACCGCAUAGUCCUCCGAGUGUCCAGGACCAACCCAAACCAAGCAGACAAGGUGUACAUCACACAAGCAGUUAGCAACGAGCAAGACGCAGACUAUGACCCAGAUGAAACCUUCGAGAUCAAUCCUAAUCUUCUGACACAAGUGCAGAUUCUUAAAACCCCUCUUGAUUUAAUACAAAUUCUUGAAUCGCAUGUGUCUGGUGCUCAAAACUCAGAUGAUCCUAGACUAGUCCUCUCUAAAGACCAACUUCUGUACCACUUGAAACAUUCUGACAAACAUCUUCAGACUAUUUUUGAAGACCCAGGCAUGAGGUGGCUUUUGAUUCUGGCUGGAUAUGACAUCGACAACAGGUACAACAUUCAUAAGAAAGCUUGGUCCUGCCCAGCCGAUGAACCAAUCCAACAUGACCAAAUCUCCAGGGAUCCUGAGACACUGUGCGAAGGCCACAGUACGGUCAAGAUAGAGGUGAAAUCCACAGAAGAUGGCUAUGCAAAAAUCAUUUGGAGUGGUUUACCAAAGAACAUCUUAAAAAUGAACUCUACUAUUAUUCUUUUCAGUAGCGACACGUCUGAUGAGCUUGAGAGGUUUACAGCAAUCGGUGGGCAAACUUCAGGAUCCUAUGAAACCUACUUGGCGCUGAAUCACGGAAUUCAUCCACGACUGGUCGCGUUCAAUUUCGUCUUCGAGUUUGGUUUCAUUGGCCUCCGUUACUCAGUCAUUUGGAGAGGGUCACAGUUUGAUGAAGCUAACAGAGUGAUUCCUACCAAAAUUACUGGCUACAACGCAAGCCUUCAACUUUACACCACGGGUGGUUAUGCAUGUGCUCGGAUAUACAUCAGAAACUCGUUCACUGAUUGGAAAAGUGAGUUUGCCAACUCAUGGGUGUCUUUUUAUACCAGUGAUCAAGAGCUGGACCACAACUAUAAACACUAUCAGUGGGUUACCAAGUUCAGUAAGGUUGAGAACACUGAAGAAUAUCUGAUCUAUGAGUACAAGUCAUCCAUGAGUAUUGGACCUGGUGUCCAAGCUCGCUUUAUAUUCUCUAGGGGUAGAGUUUUAUCUCGUAUUUUCCGGUCUUCUGCAACAGUAAAAGCUCGCACUGUUCCGUGGGAGAGUGUAAAAAAUUAAUUAAAGCAAAGUAAAAAAAAAAAAAGGUAAGAAAACCUUUUUGGAAACUAAUUAACAUCUGAUGAAAAAUAUGUUUAGCCACAAAGAUCAUUAGCAAAAGACUCACUGUUUCAGUGUCAGGCUUUAUUCCAAUAAAAUGAACUUAUUUUAUUUUUUUACAAAAUAAAAUAUAGCUGGUUCAUUUUGAUUUUAUUGCAAACAAAGUGUGUUAAUUUGUCACAUAAUGUAUAAAAUAAAUAAAAAUGCUACCCCAGUACUUAGUGUGGAUUAUUUUCCAGCUGUGAUCUGG